CCGCGCGCCUACAGCUAGCCGACAUCCAACAUCCAACAACAUCCAACACACGCACUGCUGCCUCCCUCUCGACAAACCACAGCUCAAACCAGGCAGACACAAGAUCCAUAAGAGGAGGCGUUCACCAUGUGCUACCAGGUAGUCGAGCUCUACUCGGCAUGCCGAUGCCUCUACUACCAGCACGCCGUUGACCGGUGUGCCGCCUACGGCCGACCCGGCCACGGCAUCCAGAGGCGGACGAUCCUGGUUGGAUACGCCUGCAGCGACCACACAUCACACGCCAGCGGAUACGACUACGCCUAUCCCUCUGAGUACUCGGAUUCGGGGUACUACUCGGGGCACUCAUCAUCCAAGAGCUCGCGGGGCCACUACCGGUGAAGAGUGUUGUCUUCGAUGAUGGGCUGCUACUCUCGGCAUUCGCCGCCGCUGGAACGCUUCAAACUCUGGGCCUGGGUCGGCUACCUCUACUCAUUCCGGGUGAGGUCGGCGAUGCUUGCCCA